AUGAGAGGUCAGGUAGAGGAGCUUAAACGAAUGAAAAAAGAAAAAGACGAACACGGAGCAGACGCUGCUAGAAAAGUCCAAGCCUUGCAGCGAGGUAGGAUGGCCCGGGGAGAUUUUCACCUAAAACGCGUCUGCACUGAGGAGGAGAAACGGAAAAAAGGGGAAGCCGAAGCAAACGCUGCUGCCGAAACAGAUUCUGCUACAAAAAUCCAAGGCCUUCGACGUGGAGGUAGGACGAAGGUGCGGAAAGGUUAUCUUAAGGCGAUGG